AUGCCCCUCAAGAUGAGGACAAGCAGGCCAAAGCCUACACUUCCAGACCCCAGUCCCUCACUCUUUAAUCCACUUCUCCCCUUCAACCAAGUCUCAAAUAUCGAGAACAAAGUAUCGGAACUGCAGAUUGCGAACAACAAGCCUUCCUUCCUUUUCUCUGAUAUCCCAUCUUCUACUGCUUCCACGAACAUCUUCCCACUAACGCCUACCGGGACCCCGAUGACGAAGGAGAUGGAGGAAGAGAAAGCCUUCGAAGAGCAUAUGGGGCUUCUCACCAGGACGGAAGGGAAGCAAGAGCUUGGGGAUGCUAUCACGGCGCCGAUUUUCACCAUGCCGGUCCUUGAACACGUGAGUAGGCGUCUGGCGAACGAAACCGAGAACCCAUUUGCGCAGUACGGUCUGCUGGCUGGGGUCGCUCGUGGCUUUGAAGAGACCACUGAUGUCGAAGUCGAUGCCAUGAACGCUGACCCACGACUUUUCUUCAACAUCGCCAGUCCGUCUAGCACAUUCAUCUGUGGCUCCCAGGGAUCUGGCAAAAGCCAUACUUUGUCCUGCUUGUUGGAGAACUCGAUGUUCCCAGCCGUAGCAAAUCAUCUACCCCAUCCUCUUACCGGGCUUGUUUUCCAUUAUGACACGUUCAUAUCCGAUGAUGGAGGCUCACCUUGCGAGGCAGCGUUUCUGUCAUCGAAUAAGGGAGUCAAGGUUCGAGUACUCUGUGCCCCAACCAAUAUUGCUACCAUAAAGUUGGCGUAUUCUCAGUUCAAAAACAUCACGAUUGAACCCCUUCGAAUCAAUCAAAGCGAUCUCAACACGAAGAGAAUGCUUGACUUGAUGGCAGUGACUUCAAGUAACGGCCCCAUACCCUUGUAUGUACACACUAUAUACCGGAUCCUUCGAGUUCUGCGAGAAGAGCAACAAAAGACAGGUAGCAAAUUUGACUAUGUCCUUUUCAAGAAACACGUGGAUGCUGCCAAUCUGUCACCCGACCAGCUCAGACCUUUACAGCAACGUCUUGAUACUUUGGAGAGUUUCAUGCCAAAAGAACAGACAUUCGCCCCGCAUUUAAAGGGAAAGGGAAAAUUGAGACCCCCUACGGGUAAUGAUUGGACCCCUAAAGCCGGUACUCUCACAAUUGUCGAUCUCUCAUGUCCAUGUGUUACGCCAGAAGGAGCAUGCGCACUGUUUAACAUCUGCCUCAGCAUAUUUCUCGAGAAAAGCACAUCCGUCGGCCGAGUCAUCGCUCUCGACGAGGCCCAUAAAUACAUGAACGCCUCCUCCGAAGCUUCAACCCUCACCGAAACCCUGCUUGCCACCAUCCGCCUCCAACGCCACCUCGGCGCCCGCAUAAUAAUCUCCACCCAAGAACCGACCAUCUCCCCCGCUCUGCUCGACCUCUCAUCCGUAACCAUCGUACACCGCUUUACCUCUCCAGAAUGGCUCAAGACGCUAGAAGGCCACCUGGCUGGCGCAGCCUCAAAGCUACUUCUCCGCACUGACGACACCGAGGGUGGCGAACAGCAGAUCAGUAUAGCGACGAAAGUAUUCCGCGAGAUCAUCAAGCUGCGAGUCGGUGAAGCGCUGCUGUUCUCCCCCAGUGCGGUUAUUGGAGUUGAUGAAGGUGCUGGGAAGACUGGCGCGGAUGCGCUCCAGAGAUUGGGCGCGGGGUUUCUGAAGAUCAGGGUGAGAUCGAGACUCACUGACGAUGGCGGCAAGAGCGUUAUGGCGGUUUGA